AUGGCUUCAACGAGUUCAACACCAAGCGACCCUUCUAUUUCUCUACAUGAAGAUACAGCAAUCAGAGCUGUGAACAAGAGAUAUGAAGGGUUGGUUACUGUUAAAACAAAGGCAAUAAAGGGUAAAGGGGCAUGGUAUUGGGCUCAUUUAGAGCCAAUUUUGAUUAAACACCCAGAUACAAAUCUCCCCAAAGCAGUUAAACUUAGGUGUUGUUUAUGUGAAGCUGUUUUUUCUGCUUCAAACCCAUCAAGAACCGCCACCGAACAUCUCAAAAAGGGAACUUGUCCUAAUUUUGUAUCAGUUUCAAGACCCAAUUCAGCCAUUUCUCCGUUGCCUAUAUCUUCUUUGCCUUCACCACCUUCAAAUAACCAUAGAAAGAGAAGCUCUCAAAUGGGUACUGCUUUAAAGUCUCUAGCUUUAGUUGAGUCCAAUAAAUACUGUGACCAAGUUGGUUAUUUUAAUUCUGGGUUUACUCCAAAAGGUCAGGAUUUGGUGUUAUCUGGUGGAAAAGAGGAUUUGGGUGCAUUAGCAAUGUUGGAAGAUAGUGUUAAGAGACUUAAAAGUCCAAAAGCUUCACCUGGUCCUUUGUUAAACAAGGAGCAGAUUGAUUCUGCUCUUGACUUAUUGAGUGAUUGGUUUUAUGAGGUAUGUGGGUCAGUAUCAUAUUCAAGUCUUGAGCAUCCAAAGUUUAGAGCUUUCCUUACUCAAGUUGGCCUACCUUGUUUGUCAAGGAGGGACUUGUCUGGUGCUAGGCUUGACAAUAGGUUUCAUGAGGCAAAAUCUGAGGUGGAAGCUAGAAUUAGAGAUGCUAUGUUCUUUCAGGUUGCAUGUAAUGGAUGGAAGAGCAAUAAUUGUUGUAGCGGGGAAGAUAAUUUGGUUAAGUUUAGUCUUAAUCUUCCAAAUGGAACUAGUUUGUAUCACAAGGCAGUGAUAACUGGAGGAGGAUCGGUGUCGUCGAAGUAUGCAGAGGAGAUUAUGUGGGAGGCAGUGACGGGGAUAUGUGGUAGUGGUUUGCAGAGAUGCGUGGGGAUAGUUUCUGAUAAGUACAAGGCCGAGGCAUUGAGGAACUUGGAGAUUCAGUAUCAGUGGAUGGUGAAUCUCUCUUGUCAGGUUCAGGGGUUUAUUAGUCUGAUCAAGGAUUUUAGCAAGGAGCUUCAACUUUUCAGGACUGUUAUUGAAAAUUGCUUGAAGCUUGCUAAUUUUGUAAAUAAUACAUCUCAAGUUAGGAGUAGCUUCCAGAAGUACAGGAUGCAGGAGCUUGAUUUCGCUGGGUUGCUUCGAGUUCCUUGUUGCAAAUGUGAUUGUGUGAAGGACUCUGUGCUUGUUUAUGCAAUGUUGGAGGAAAUAUUGAGCUGUGCCCGUGUGCUCCAAAUGGUUAUCUUAGACGAGUCAUAUAAGCUGAUAUGUGUGGAGGAUCCUGUCGCUAGGGAGAUCUCGGGGAUGAUUCAGAGUGAGGGUUUUUGGAAUGAGUUGGAUGCUGUUUAUUCAUUAAUGAAGCUCAUUAGAGGGAUGGCUCAAGAGAUUGAGGCUGAGCGGCCACUGAUAGGGCGAUGCCUUCCUCUCUGGCAAGAGUUGAAAGCAAAAGUGAAGGAAUGGUGUGCAAGAUUCAAUAUUGCUGAAGGCCAAGUUGAGAAAAUAGUUGAAAAGAGAUUCAAAAAGAAUUAUCAUCCAGCUUGGUCUGCUGCAUUUAUACUCGACCCUCGUUAUUUGAUGAGGGACACGAGUGGAAAAUACCUUCCACCUUUCAAGUGCCUGACACAUGAGCAGGAAAAGGAUGUGGAUAAGCUUAUAACCCGUUUAGCUUCCAGAGAAGAAGCUCAUGUUGCCUUAAUGGAGCUUAUGAAAUGGAGAUCAGAAGGGUUAGACCCACUGUAUGCAAAGGCUGUUCAGGUUCAGCAGCAAGACCCUUUGACUGGAAAGAUGAAAAUCGCAAAUCCUCAAGGCAGCAGACUAGUGUGGGAAACUUGCCUCAGUGAGUAUAAAACAUUAGGUAAGGUUGCAGUUAGGCUCAUCUUCCUCCAUGCGACCUCAAGCGGGUUUAAGUGCAAUUGGUCUUGCAUGAAAUGGUAUUUUAUCCAUAGAAACUCAAGGGUGGGCCUUGAACGGGCUCAGAAGAUGAUAUUCAUUGCAGCCCAUGCGAAGCUUGAAAGACGUGACUUCUCAAGUGAAGAAGAAAAGGAUGGAGAGCUGUUCCGCAUGGCAGGCUGUGAAGAUGACAUGCUCAAUGAGGUCUUUGUCGAAGCACCAUCACUGUAA